CAUUUAGUUACUGGGCGUUUCGGUUGCAUAGUCUAUGCUAAUGUGAAGUAGACAAUUGAGAAAGGAAAUAGGAUCGAAAUAUGACGACUAUGAAGAUAGCAAAGUCCUUAACGGACGAAAUGAGUUAUAGCAAUAGGGUUGGAGUCCAUCCUCAAGAUUUGGAUGAAAAUGUAAAGCACAUUUUUAUGAAGACGAGCGCUGGAGAUUUUUGUUUUUCUCUCGUAAGAGAAACGAGAAUGCCAAGAGGUACAAUUGCAUUAAGCGGACCUCAGAGAAAAUGGGCUUAUGUUACAGUUGGCGAACAAGUGCGGGUUACAAACUUUUCCCCGUCUUCCGAACAACGGAUGGUUUGUCAAGUUGUUCUUGAUGCCGAAUAUAUAGGAAAAACCCAAGACACAACGAGGGUUGAUAGUGAUGCAUUGGCAAGGGAAUUUCAACAGUUAUGCGCUGGAGUUGUAUUAAUGAGAAACGAGCCGCUGGUUAUGAUUAUACCUAAUUCAUCGAAGAAGCUCCUGCUCAACGUAAAAUCUAUUCUUCUAUCAUCAUUGGAUUCUAAGUCAACGAAGGAAUCAAAUAUUGGUAUAAUGAAUGCGAAUGCUGGUUGUACGUUUGAAAGAGGUGAAGGAUCUAGUCUAAAUCUCACUGGAAAAUCUAAGGGAAAAGGAGUAAUUCAAACUUCUGUUAUAAAUCCCGAUUGGGAUUUCGAUAAAAUGGGAAUUGGUGGUUUAGACAAUGAGUUUUCGGCUAUUUUUCGAAGAGCGUUUGCCUCCCGAGUCUUCCCUCCAGAUAUAAUUGAACAGUUGGGAAUGAAACACGUCAGAGGUAUUUUACUCCACGGUCCACCAGGUACUGGUAAAACUCUCCUUGCAAGACAAAUUGGCCAAAUGCUUAAUGCAAGACCUCCAAAGAUUGUUAAUGGCCCGCAAAUUCUGGAUAAAUUUGUUGGUGAGAGCGAAGCAAAUAUACGCAAAUUGUUUGCGGAAGCUGAUGAGGAGGAAAAGAGAUUAGGCCCAAAUUCUGGAUUACAUAUCAUCAUUUUUGAUGAAAUCGAUGCAAUAUGCAAACAAAGAGGCAGUAUGGCUGGAGGAACUCCUGUUCACGAUACGGUUGUAAAUCAAUUGCUGUCAAAAUUGGAUGGCGUAGAUCAAUUGAAUAAUGUCCUGGUAAUAGGAAUGACAAACAGAAAAGAUAUGAUAGAUGAUGCUCUUCUUCGGCCUGGAAGGUUGGAAGUGCAUUGUGAAAUAGGCCUACCGGAUGAAUCUGGUCGUCAGCAUAUUCUUAGAAUUCAUACAGCAAAACUAAAAGAAAACGAAAAGCUGGGCAAAGACGUAGAUUUAAAAGAUUUAGCAAGUAGAACUGAGAAUUUUUCAGGAGCAGAAAUAGAAGGUUUAGUUAGAACCGCUACGGCUACUGCCAUGAAUAGACUGAUUCAGACCAAAGGAGGAGUUCAUGUUGAUACGGAUGCGAGUGAAAAGUUGCAAGUUUACAAAUCCGAUUUUGACAAUGCUUUAAGCAAUGAUUGUAAACCUGCCUUUGGUAGGGCAGCUGAUGCAUUGGAAGGAUUACUUACAAACGGAAUUGUUAAUUGGGGAUCACCAGUCGCAAGGGCAUUGGAGGAUUGUCAAAUGUUAAUGAGACAAGCAAAAUUCUCAGAUAGAACACCCCUCGUUUCAGCUCUGUUAGAAGGCCCGCCAAGUAGUGGCAAGACUGCGUUAGCUGCACAUAUCGCUAAAAAUGCUGGCUUUCCUUUUGUUAAAGUUCUUGCACCGUCUGAUGUGGUCGGUUAUAACGAACCAGCCAAAGUUCAUCAUAUUAAACGAGUGUUUGACGAUGCAAUUAGGUCUCCUCUAAGUAUAAUUGUGUUGGAUGAUAUCGAACGAUUAAUCGACUAUUCGCCACUGGGACAGAGAUAUUCCAAUACUGUUCUCCAAGGUGUAAUGGUUUUGAUCAAGAGACCUCCACCACCGGGUCACAGGCUAUUUGUUCUCGCCACAUCCUCAAGAAGAGAGUUGCUACACGAGCUGGAUAUUUUGAACAGCUUUACAGCGAUAAUACAUGUCUCCAAUCUAUCACGGUCUGAACAGGCUGUUAAGGCCCUAAAAGAAAUGAACUUGUUUGACGACAAACAAUGCCAAGAGUUCCAUCAGAAAACAGCUGGAAGAAAGUUAUGGAUUGGAAUAAAGAAGUUGAUUGCAUCGGCUGAAAUGGCAAGACAAGCAGAAAAUGACUAUGAAAUUCCUACAAAAUUAAUCGGCCUUCUAGAGGACGAUCAGGCUUUGCAACUGCCGAAUUGCUAG